CAACCUCCCCAACUCUGGGGAUCUCUGCUGCCUCUGACACAGACUGGCUUUGCAGGCCUGCCGUGGCUAACUUUGCCUCCCAGAUGGCCUCCAGGCUAACCCGGCUGACCCUCCUUCUGCUGUGGCUGCUGCUGGCUGAGGAUAGAGCCUCCUCAAUUCCAAAUGCUACCAGUCAGAGUCCCAAGGAUCCAGAGAGCACUCAGGAAGAAAACGAUGGCAUGAUCUUAGAGAGAAAUGUCUUCCAGAGUCUUCCCACUCUAUCCACUCAACACAUCAAGGAGUCUUCUACCAGUCCAACAACUGAGCAGCCAACAACUGACUCAACAAGCACAUCCACAACUGACUCAGCCACUGAAAUUACAACUGAUACCACGAUUGAACCCACCAACCAGUCCUUCACCCAGUAUACUCAGCCAACUACCCAGUUUCCCCCAGACUCCCCGAGCCAGCCCACCUGCCCAGAGCCUGUUACUCUCUGUUCUGAUUGGGACAUGGAGUCAGCGAAGGCUACAUUGGGGGAGGCCUUAACUGAUUUUGCCUUGAAGCUCUACCAUGCCUUCUCAGCCACCAAGAACACUGAGACCAACAUGGCCUUUUCCCCAUUCAGCAUCGCCAGUCUCCUCACGCAGGUCCUACUUGGGGCUGGGGACAGCACCAAGAGCAACCUGGAAAAUGUCCUCUCCUACCCCAAGGACUUUGCCUGUGUGCACCAGGCGCUGAAGGCCUUCAUGUCCAAAGGUGUCAACUCCGUCUCUCAGAUCUUCCACAGCCCAGACCUGGCCAUAAGGGACACCUUUGUGAAUAUCUCUCAGAGCCUGUAUGGCAGCAGCCCCAGAGCCUUGAGCAAUGACAGUGAUGCCAACCUGGAGCUCAUCAACACAUGGGUGGCUGAGAACACCAACCACAAGAUCAGCCAGCUGCUUGACAGCCUGCCCUCCGACACCCACCUGGUCCUACUCAACGCUGUCUAUCUGAGUGCCAAGUGGAAGAAAGCAUUUGGUCAAAAGAAAAAGAUGGAGACCUUCCAUGUCAAAAACUCUGUGAUACAAGUGGCAAUGAUGAGUAGCAAGAAAUACCCUGUGGCUCAUUUUACUGACCCAACUUUGCAGGCUAAGGUGGGGCAGCUGCAGCUCUCUCACAACAUGAGCUUUGUGAUCAUGGUGCCCCAGAACCUGAGAUACCAUCUGGAAGACAUGGAGCAGGCUCUUAGUCCCGCUGUGUUCAAGGCCAUCAUGAAGAAGCUGGAGCUGUCCAAGUUCCAGCCCACAUACCUGAUGAUGCCCCGCAUCAAAGUGAAGAACAGUCAAGAUAUGCUGUCGAUCAUGGAGAAAUUGGAAUUCUUUGACUUUACUUACGACCUCAACCUGUGCGGGCUGACGGAGGACCCAGACCUUCAGGUGUCGGCGAUGCAGCACCAGUCGGUGGUGGAGCUGACGGAGACCGGUGUGGAGGCAUCUGCAGCCACUGCCAUCUCUGUGGCCCGCAACCUGUUGACCUUUGAGGUGCAGCAACCUUUCCUCUUCCUGCUGUGGGAUCAGGAGCACAAGUUCCCCGUCUUCAUGGGAAGAGUGUAUGACCCUAGGGUCUGAGACCUGCCAGGCGAGGGCACAUCCUGCCACCACCCAAGCAUCAGCCGACCUGGCUAUAGCAGUCCUGGUGAUAGUCCUGCUACUGCCUGCCCUGGGCUUGUCCCCAGCUGCCUCCCACUUGAGGAGCUCGCUUAGAGUCUGACAAAGGCGUCUGUUUUACACAGUAAUCCUCACGGCCCUAUGAUGCUCUUCGGACCACUUUUACAGCUUUUGUUGGUUCAAGUUCACCACACUCUACAAAUAAAACCUGCAGACUAUGA